UUUAUUACAAAAACGUGUAGCUGAAGCUGGCUGCUAACAUCUGUUCUGUUUCUGUAUAAAUAAGAACUGUCUUCCUGCUUUUAAUUCACAAUCAAACCCCAUUUUUCACCCAUAAAUUUCCUGAUCAUUGUACAAAAAAAGUAUAUUCCUUUUUUUUUUCUUUGAAAAAAUGGUCAGACUUCACAUUUUCUUGGCCAUUUUUUCCAUCAUCUUCAUCCACGCUUCAUCAUCUUCACCCAUUCCUGCUACUGAAUCAACACUCCCUCUUUUUUCUCUCAGGAUUAAGCCUAAUCAGACUACUGCUUCAACCUGCACUUUUAGAGUUCGAAUUACAACAAGCUGCAGUUCUGUCUCAUACACCAGGGAUCAAAUUAGUCUUUCUUUUGGUGAUGCUUAUGGAAAUCAGGUGUAUGUGCCGAGGAUUGAUAAUCCGUCGGCUCGUGCUUUCGAGGCGUGCUCCACGGAUACAUAUGAUGUAAACGGACCAUGUACAUAUGAUGUAUGCUAUGUGUACCUAUACCGGAGGGGACGUGAUGGCUGGAAGGUACAGAAUGUGCAAAUUUCCAGCCCUUAUAUAAGGACUGUGACAUUCAAAUACAACACAUGGAUACCAAACGAUGUUUGGUUCGGGUUCAAUUAUUGCAAUGGGAUUCUGGAUUCAUUAUUGGUCAUAUUCUUGUAAGUUGUGAGGCAUUUGGACAUAAGAUUCUGCGUAGGAAUUGCAUGAGAAAUUAUUCUUCCCCCUAGUGUUAUGGUGUUAUGAUCUCUUUUCUUUUGGAGUGCGAAAAAAGAAGGAAAUAUUGUCUUAUCAACUUGCUAAGGUUGAAAACUUUUGUUUCUAGUUUGUCGAGAUAGGACAAGGAAUAGGGUUGUAAAAAUGGUUUCUUGAGGUUCAAUCUUCAAUGAUAAACCUUCAUAGCAACGAGUGGUAAGAACAAUUCAUUGUUAGAAUGAACUAUGAUGCCCCCACAAAGAAAACCUUUGAAUUGGCAUGGCUGGUCCUGCAGAAAGACCCAAACUUCAAAUUCCUCAAGAAGCUACUGUUUUGUUUGCACAUAGAGAAAAGUGAGCAUUAAGGAAGAGGAGAGUAAAGAGUCGCCAAAGACAGUGGCCCGUGUUGCUGAUCCCUUGUAUCAUGGUAUCACUUGAGAUAUAGGUUUCACCUGUCUUGAAAUGUCCAAAUUAUCCAAAUUCCCUACUCUAUUGUCCCUACUACCUCAUUGAAAUGGAAGGGUUUAAGAAAGAGAGCAUUCUUGUCAUUUUUUUUCUCAAUUGCUUUUAUGCUCUCACCUUCCUUUUCAAGGAAACUUUGGGGCAAAUUAUUGAAGAGCGAGAGGAAAGAGACGUCUUUUCUGGUCUUCCCCCUUUCCUCUCUUAGCUUGUUAGAUAGGUAAGUAAAUUUCUGUAUAAGUAAGUGGAACUUUGGUUAUAAUCCCACCCCAUGAGACAGCCAACAAGUUUCAGUUUCUAAAUUCUGGAUUACCUCAUAAUGAAGCACAUUAUCUAUCACAUUUUUAGUCAUUUUCCUAUACAUACCAUGUUGGAAUACGUAUGUUCUGAUUUGGUAACAUCAGAUUAGAAGUCUUCAGAAAUGAGAGUACAGCCAAACCUCUUGGCUGAACGCUUAAACAUUUGAUGCUCUGAAAAUCAAGGCACUCAGAUAACAUGAGCCAAGCCAAAGAGGUUUGGUUAUGCUCGUUUCUAUAUCCUUUAUGAAUCCAGUAAUCCCACAUUCAGCUUAGCUUACAGUCACCAUAAUUUGAGCUAUAGUUUAUACGAAGUACAUGAUC